GCAACUCUUACAAGUCCUUGCAACCUGUCUUUAUCUGCCUGUCUUUAUCUAUCUAUCUGUUGGUCGGCCAAGACGAUGCCUGCUGGGCCCGGUUCAAUAGCAAGGGUUCAUCUGCUGCAGCUACCGGCAGCAACAUUCUGCAUCCUUUCCUCGCUUUCUGUUCCUACAAGGGCCGACCAAUCGACGUCAUGCGAGUGGUGGGGUGAUCCUUGUCCAUGGCCCUUGGAUGGAGAAUGCGAUCAAUCUUUCUCCACCCGAUGCGAGAACGGCGACUGCUUUGACUGUGAUCCAUUACAAGAACAUCACUACGAUUGUCAGAGCUGCAUUUCGGCACAAGGAUACUGGUGUCCAGGGGAUGCCCUCUGUCGCGGUCAACCCCUUAACGAAGCCUACUACAGUUUCACCUUGGGUCUCUUUGCUGGUGGUGGGGAGUUGGCAACUAGCAUCAAAACUUCUUGUCCAUUGGCCCAAGAUUGGCAACAAACCUGUGGACCGGCUCAUCACGACAAUGUUUUUUCGGAUCCCUUGUAUGAUGCCAUGAAUUGGAGUUAUGACAUGAUUAAUGUGGAAGCUGUGUGGCGGCAAGGAAUCACAGGAGCAGGAGUGCACGUUCGAAUCAAUGAUGACGGAGUCGACGCAUCCCAUCCAGAGUUCAGCCAGAGAUUUGAUGUGGCGAAUUCAUGUCAAGAGGCGUACUUGCCACUUCCACCCAUCAAUAAUGACUCCAACGAAGAUAUUCAUGACCAUGGUACUGCCUGUGCAUCUAUAGUUGGAGCACAACACGACAAUAAUCAUUGCGCGGUUGGAAUUGCUCCGGGUGUCACUCUGUCGUCGUGUACAGUUGUCAAUCCACUCAUUUUCAACCAAGGUGCCGAGUUGUUUGUAAAGCAAUUGCAAGAAGUGGACAUUUCCAGCAAUAGCUGGGGGCCUUCACCUUGCAAACACAAGUUUGCCAGGACGAGAUUUCUUCAACAACAGUGCCCUUUUGAGGUGGAUCAUCAAAUUAGUCCUUGUCGAAUAUGCGGUGGAAACCUUGAAAACAACGGAAUGGAUCUGGAAGACGGGCUUUGCCGAAGAAGCAUCAUUCAUCACUGCACCCAAUUCUAUGAGCUAGAUCCCAUUGCUUGUGCCGAAUACCUGGAUCUCUUUGUCGAUUGUAACUAUCAUGCUUUGUCGCCAACCGAGCACCAAGUCUUUGUUCGGGCUAUUACCGAAGGACGGAAUGGGAAGGGGAUCAUCUUCACUUUCCCAGCCGGCAACGAGUUUCCCUAUGGCAGCAAUGCUAAUCUGGAUGGAUUUGUCAACUCAAGGUUCACUAUUGCUGUGGGAGCUGUGGACAAAGUCGGAAAAAGGACGGCAUACUCUACCCCCGGAAGUCCCGUUCUCAUCAGUGCUCCUGGGGGAGACUUGGAAUAUAUCUCCAAUAACAUAGUUGCCAAGCCUGGGGGCGGUUGUCAUGAUGCAGGUGCAGGUACCAGCUUCUCGACACCUGUGGUUUCUGGAGUCAUCGCUCUCAUGCUCGAAGUUCGACCAGAGUUGACUUGGCGCGAUGUUCAGGGAAUUCUUGUGGUCACAGCUCAGCAGAACGACCCAGAUGACGACUCUUGGAACACGAGAAACGGGGCCGGACUCAAUCACAGCUAUUUCUUUGGAUUUGGACUUGUAGAUGCCUUCGCGGCGGUGGAACUUGCCAAAACUUGGGAGUUGUGGGACCCCGAAAUUCAGAUCAUGGUGGAAAGCGGUACCAUCAACUUAAACAUUUCAGAUGAUCCAACCCAAUCAGCAACGUCGACUGUGACUGUUCCCGCGGACUACGUUGAUUUCGUGACAGAGUCAGUCGUAGUCUACAUGGAUUUGCAGCAUGGAAGCCGUGGUGACCUUGCCAUUGUAUUGGAAAGUCCCUCUGGGACAGAAAGCCUGCUAGCUCCCAGUAAGCGACCCGAGAACACGCAGCUGCAGGGAGAGGAGCAUUGGAAGCUGACGACAGUGAGAAAUUGGGGUGAGUCGGCUUCCGGGAACUGGACUCUGAAGAUCGCUGACGAGGCAGCGGGGAUUCUGGAAGACUGCGUCGAUGUAAAAUUCGAUUACUACUAUGAUGCAGACGGCACUUUGCUGCACAUCAAGUGUGACUCAUUCCAAAAUACCACUGCUUGUCUGGACGGACAGAUUCUCAACGAUGUCGUGCACGAUUUUAUCGUGGACAAUGGCAACGGUCCCAUCAGCGCGGCCGAAGCCUGUUGCGUGUGCGGUGGCGGCGUCCAAGUUGACGACAUUCCACACAUCCUAGAAUCAUGGAGCAUGAUCGUGUACGGGCACAACGCCAUCAUGAGCAGCAACACGAGUCAGCAGAACGGUACCAACGACACGACGAGUGGAUGACAACACGACCUUUGGACUCACUCACAGGCUCCUGAACUCAACCUGCAAAGACAUCGCCUUGAACCACACACGGUCUAGAAGGACUCCGUAGGGGUACGACUUCAUUAGUCGAGGUGCCACGCAAUCAACAAACAAGCCUUUGCAACGAGAGGGUUGCCCCCACGUCAACGGCGUUUGAUAAAAGUUGAGUCUUCCGCAGCAGCAUGUUGCUGGAUGACCGAAUACGAGAGGUACUAUCUUGUUGUAACUGCAUCUAUAGUAUCUUUACACGAUUGCAUUUCGGUAGAGCUACCGAUAUGCUUCACCAAGUCACGCAACUGCACUGAUCAAAGCACUGCACGUGUACUCGGGGAGUUUACGCUUGGGUUUCAAUGGCCAUCCCAUUCUGCAUGAAUUCAUCAGGAUAGCGUUCGCCGGCGACUUCAUUGGCCAUGGCAUCCAACGUUGCCAUGUUUUCUGCAGAAAGGACCACAUCAACUGAAUUGAUAUUGCCGACAGCUCGUUCUAGCUUGGUUGUACCAGGAAUGGGGAUGACAGAAACCCCUUUCUGUGCUGCUUUCUGCAUGAGCCAACUCAAGCAAACAUUGGCAGGGGUACAAUUUAGCUUCUCCGCCAUGUCGUGGACUUGAUUGGCAAACCGUUUGUUUUGCUCCAUGUUUUGGUACCGAGGAAAUAUGGCUCUGGCGUCUCCCUCUGGAAGCGCUUCUUGUUUCUGAACCAGCAAGUUUCGUGACAGUGGACUGUACGCCACAAUGGCAAUGCUGUUGGCUUUGCAGACGGGAACUAGCUCAUCUUCCAAAGUACGUGUCAGAAUGGACCACUCCUGCUGGACUGCAUCAAUGGGGCCGCCUUUGGUAUGGAUCUGUUGCAACCAGUUGCCACUGACUUCGGACAAGCCCACUUCUUUGAUGAGACCUUCCUCCUUGAGUCUAGCAGCAGCCUUGGCAAACUCAAUCCCACCUUCCAGUGUCAAGACACGAUGGGCAAAAUACAGAUCAACAUACUCCAACUGCAGGCGAUCCAAAGAUUGUUUCAGGUGGGCCUUGACGGUUUCGUAGUCGUACUUACCAUCUGGAAGGGGCCAAAACUUGGUGGCAACAGAGUAGGAGUCGCGAGGAAUAGUCUUGAGGAACUUCCCGAGAUAGGUCUCGUUGUGGUUUUUGGUGUCUUUGUGCUCAGCACCAUAGAGCUCUGCAGUGUCAAAAUGGCGGCAGCCGUUUUCAUAGACAGUCUUCAACAAAACCAUGGCAGCGUCUUCGUCCAUUACAUCGUUGUAGAAGGAGGUAAUGCCCAUGCAUCCAAAACCAAUUCCAGACUCUGGAUGGAGGGCGGUGUUCGUCUUGGCAAACUUGGCAAAAAACUUCAUUUUUAGUUCAAGGUAGCUGAAAAAAGGGGAAAGCAAAGGUGUUGGUUUUGGUUGGUUUUGGUUGGUUUCUGAUCUUUUGAGUUUUAUGAGAGUUGGAUCCGAACAACGUUUCCUUGCUUGGGUCGUGCCGAUCACCAUAGAUCUUCGUGAGAUGAGGGGAAACAUCAUCUUUAAGC